CGUUUUCCUUCAUAUUACCUUCACUCCUGGUGAUGUUUAGGUCCAUGUGAUUUCUUAUUUCCAUCUGGUCGUCUUUACGUUGACUGGUGGGAGUUGUUGUUCCCUGAGUGACCUGCUGCUCCCCGACCCUCCAUAACUAUAUCAUCAUGUCUGAUCUUGAUAGUUUUUUUGCCAAAAAGGACAAGAAGAAGGUGAAGGGGAAGAAGUUUACCACUACCGAUGAAAUUGCUCGUCGACUUGAAGACUGUGAGAAGAAAGAGCACCAGCAGGGGCUCAAAGUUAAGCCAGAGCCCGUGAAGAAGCUGGAGGAGAGCUCUGAGAGCGUACCUGUCAUUGAUGAACCUCCACAGAAGGAAGAGGAGGAAUGGAAUGACUUCAAAGAUGAAACUGAUAGAGACCUGACAGAUUUGAAGAUCACUAAAUUGCAAAUAGAAGAUGAAGAGGAAGGUGGUGGAGGUUCUGCAGAUGAUGAUGGCGAGAAGGGAGAUCAUGGAGACAGAAAAGAUGGAGUGUGGAAAACGGAAGCACCUCAGACUCCACAUGUUGCAGUG